AUGGUCGGAAAGGAAGAGCAGCCUAGAAAGGAAGGGCAGUCUGAGUAUGCCCAUUGCGCGGAAAGCGCCUCUGCUGGACAACGAUCGGCUUUGGCAAGACAGGUAUCUCCCGAAACCCCUUACCACACCUUUCGCUACGAUAGCAGCGAGGAUUGUGAGACGGAAGGUGCCUCUGCUGGACAGCCAUCGGCUUUGGGAGGACGCGCCUCUCCUGCUUCUGAGGAUCGUGACAUCCUUCCCAUUACCACUAUGUACGAUACCUUCCGUGAGGGUGUUUACCCGUACGAUGACUCUCGUCCUGUGGCUCUGGACAGCGGCGCCUCUCCUGAAUCGCCAUACCACACCUUUCGUGAGAAGACCAGCAAUGAUCGGACUGUCAUAUGGAAGGAGUCAGCGCCAUCCGAGGGGAGGCUCACACCGUGGAGCGAAGUAUGUGCAAGACAUCCAGUUGCUAGUUGCCCGAAGCUACUCAUCUAACAUCAAACCAGGACGACUCGACCCAGGACCAGACAGCCAAACUAGACGACUCGACCCAGGACCAAACAGCCAAUACCACGGGACGACAGGAAACCGAAGCCGACAGGAUCGCGCGCCUGGAGGCAGAUGCCUUCCUCGCCGAGCUUGGGAUGGAGCUCGAGCAGACCAUGCUUGCUUCGAAUGUAAAGCAGCCUGAGGCCGGACACGGCCGUGUUCCUGGUGCCAAGCCUCCACGAAAGAGGCAGAAGAAGCAGCUCCGUGUGAGUGAGUUGGCUACAGAGCCAAAGGUGCCGCUCCAGUCGCAGCGGAUCCCUAAGCCACUUGUCCGGGAUCCUCCCUAUCAUCCUGCUGUGGUCUCCCUCUUCAGCAACCGGGAGAAUGUCUAUGUCAACAAGGUUCGACGAACAACCGCAGCUGAUAUGUGGGACAAAUCAACAGAGAGCAAGGACGGGCAGGAGAAGAAAGAUGGGAAUUAG